AUGACGGCACCAAGAUCCUUCACCUGGCUAAUAACAGGCGCCUCCUCUGGCAAAGGUAAAUCUCUCGCUAUUGAAGCUCUCAAGUCUGGCGCCAGAGUAGUUGGAACGAAUCGUGACAUAGACAAAGGCGAAAUGUCUUUUCCUGAAUUCGUGAAAAGAGGAGAAAUUUGGAUAACUUUAGAUCCCGCUCAUAAGGAUGCAUUUGAGAUAUUUUCGAGGUGCGCAACGGAGCACAACAUCGACGUUUUGAUUAAUAACGCUGAUUACACAAUGAUUGGUGGAGUGGAGGAUACAAGCGAAGAUGAAGUACGAGAGCAGAUGGAGGUCAAUUUCUAUGGGCCCCUCCGAGCCGUACGAGCCUGUCUUCUAGUAAUACGGCCAAAAGGAUCAGGUCACCUUGUCCUUAUAAGUAGUGGUGCCGGGUUCAUAGCGCGUCCGGCACGAUCAUCAUAUUCCGCCAGUCAAUUUGCAAUCGACGCAGUUUACGAAUCCCUCUCUCAUGAACUCAAGACUUCCGGCAUCAGAGUUCUCAUCGCAGAGCAAGGGGCAUUCCGAACCCCGUUCGCGAGCAGCAUCAGGACACCAGCUCAGUAUCAAGUCAGCAAUGGUUUCAGUGAAGCAUACAAAUGUACCGCAAUCGAGCAGAUGGUGAACGGGACUGUAACUAUUCUGUUUUUUCCAGACUUUGUGAAAGGAGAUUGUGAUAAAGCUGCGCGAGCACUUGCCAAUGCUGUCAUAGGAGGACAAGAUUAUCUGCGUAUGCCUCUAGAACCUGACUGUGUGACUACAUUAGAAGACAAUAUUAGACAAUUGCAAGAGGAUUUAGAUGCGACCAGAUCCAUCGCUACCGGUACUAAUUUGGUUGAUGAAUUCAACCGAACAAAGAUUUGGGUUUUGACCGGUUGA